CGUAACAAUGAGUGGGUUUUGUGUCGUCAUAUUAACUUUUUUUCACAUAGUGGCAAUCACAGAACAAGCAGAUGUGAAAUUUGCUUAUUUUUUUAAACGUAGUGACGAAAGCAAUUCCGGUGUCAUUACUCAUUAUACGCCAGUGUCUUGUGCUAUAAAGUGUUUCAGUCUGGACUGCUGUGAAAUGUUUCACUGGAAUUACAUGAGUCAACAUUGUACCUUAUUGACUACUGAUGUUUGGUCAAGCACUCAGACCGUCACAAAAAACAGUCAUUGGAAGUCAUAUUAUAUGGGAUGCGAUACCGGAUGGCUGGAAUUUAACUAUCAUUGUUACAAACUGGUUCCAGAAAAAAUGAGCUGGGCGGAUGCAAAGCUGACGUGCGAGAGGAGCUGUGCAUACCUAACAGAAAUUACUGACGUAGAAGAGAACGACUGGAUUGACAAGACAUUCCUUAAUGGCGAUACGUGUCCUGCAGACAGAUGCCAUAUAUGGUGCGGUGGAAAUGAUCUUGAAAUUGAGGGUCGUUUUCAGUGGUCAAACUCCAAAACGAUCAUGAACUUCACAAAUUGGGAACCAGGUCAGCCGAGUCUGGAAAAUCCAGAGAAAGGAGAAGACAGAGAUUGUGUGGGUCUAACACAUGAUGGCUUGUGGGAAAACAUGCGUUGUACUAUUUCGAAAAGAUUUAUCUGCGAAAAACCUUUGCACGGUCAGUUUGGGACAUACUACGGAAUCAUCCAGCAAUUACGGAAUGAACCGUAUUGGGGAAUGAUAUCUUACUGUAACAUGGGUAGUUUUUGGAUCGUCAUAUUGACCGUUUUUCACAUAGUGGCAAUCAAAGCACAAGCAAACUUGGGAUAUGCUUAUUUUUUGGAACGCAGUGACGACAGCACUUUCGGUGAAAUUGGUCAUUACACACCAGUGUCAUGUGCUAUGAAAUGUCUGACUCUGGACUGCUGUGAAACGUUUCAAUGGAAUUACGCGAGUCAGCACUGCACCUUAUUGACUACUGAUGUGUUGUCAACGACUUCGAAUAUCCCAGAAAGUGGUCAUUGGAAGUCCUAUUACAUGGGGUGCGCUACCGGAUGGUUAGAAUUCAACUACCAUUGUUACCAACUGUUCACAGAAAAAAUGAGCUGGGCAGAUGCCAAGCUGACGUGUGAGAGGAACUGUGCAUACCUGACAGAAAUUACUGACGUAGAAGAAAACGACUGGAUUGUAGAGUCAUUCCUUCAUAACGAUACCUGUCCUGGAAGCAGUUGCCAGAUGUGGUGCGGUGGAAAUGACCUUGAAGCCGAGGGUCAUUUUCAGUGGUCAAACUCUAAAAUGACCAUCAACUUCACCAACUGGAAAUCAGGUCAGCCGAGUUUGCUUUAUCCUGAAAGAGGCGAAGACAGGGAUUGUGUGAGUGUCUACCAAAACGGCCUGUGGAAUGACUCGCCUUGUAUUAAUUUGAAAAGGUUUAUCUGCGAAAAGCCUUGAUUACUAUAAAGAGACAAUCUAUGUUGAUUUCAAUUGUUACUGCUGUAUCGAUGUUGCCUGUGUUGCUGGAUCUCGGACAAUGUGAUGGUUAAAUAUUUUGGUAACGCGAGAAAGCGUUGGAAAAUUUGCAAAGGACGUCAUUGGCAAUGUAAUUUAUCAGAAAACAGCAACGUGGUGUCAAACCUAGAAAAUACAUUUCAUAUUGUGUUGUAUCAUUGAUAGUCAUGCUUACUGAGUCAAACAGUGUAUACCAUUCUUCAAACCGCGACUGCAUGCGAAUGCCUCAAUUUUCAUGAAUAUUUAUGAAAUUACAUACUCAUUUAUCAACCAAUCAUAGUCACGAGCUAGAAUAGAUCCUCGGUGUCCCCUGCUUGUCCUAAGAAGUGACUAAAUGGAGUGGACCUUUGGAUGAGACAGCAAAAACCGAGGUCAUGUGUCACAGCAGGUGUGGCAUGUUAAAGAUGCCUCCCUGCUCAAAGGUCCUAAUUAUAAGCGUCAAGCAUAGGCUUAAAUUUUGCAGCCUCUUAUCGGCAAUCGUGUCGUCCCCAUAUGAGUGAACAAUUUUCGAAAGGAAUGUUAAAUAUUAUUAUAAUCAAUAUAUCAAUAUUUUAAGGCCGCAUCCAUAAGUAAAACGUUUAGUGUGUGUUCAGAAAUAAAUAACUGACAAAAAGCUUUUAGAUCACUUUCUUAUAAGGAAAUUCAAGUAUAUAGCUUAACAUUAAAUAGAAAUUCGCCCUAAAAAUAGAGGACGUGCUUGAUAAUCCUGUGUCAACAAGAGACCCGCAGGCCUUAUCGGUCGUCUGAGUACUAGUGAAAAAUUCCCAAGGGCUAUUAAAUCUAAAAAAAAAAAAUCCUGUUCUGAAUAUAUAAGCCAAAUUCUAACAUUCAGCAAAAGUAUAAAACAAGAUGUGUUCUUACAACUUCAAAGUUCCCAUAAGUUAAUACACUGAUGAAAGACUUCAUAUAAUAUAUUAGGUGUAUUAACAUUAAAGCAUUAAAAGAUAUGAUUAAUUUGGACCCAUCCUAAAGUCAAAAUCCUGAGUUGUGAAAUUCACCAUUUCUUGUACAUCUUUUUCUGCUAUUCCUAAGUAUAAAUUAAAAUUUAAUACAGUAUCAACAAAUUUACACAUAAACACUAUAUACUAAGUUAAGCCCCACCCUGGGGUAAGAACCCUUACCCCGAGGAUCAUGAAAUUACAAUUUUGGUAGAAGCCAUUCUUAUAUCCCAAUGCAUAUAGUUUCUCUUAAAUAUGUCCGGUUCUAGAAAAGAAGAUUUUUUUUUUUUAAAUUGGUCAACUUUGGACUGUCUCUAGGACCCCAUGGGUGCAGGAAUCCCGAAAAUUACAAUCUAUGUCCCCCUUGUCCCAAAUAUGCUUCAUACCAUAUUUGAAAGGAAUUCGUAUAGUAGUUAUCAAGAAGUUAAAAAUCUCUAUUGUUCACACAAUUGAUAACUGACCAUUUUGGCACCACCCUGAUACAAAAACUCCUAUCCCUGGGAUCAUCAAAUUUACAAUUUGGUAGAUGCCUUCCUGCUCUAUAUCACCAUGUGUUUAGUUUUCCUUACACAUGUACAGUUCUUGAGAAGAAGAUUUUUGAAAAUUGUUCAAUUUUAAUCAGUGUUUGCCCCGCCCCUAAGACCUCAGGAUUGGUAGAGUCCUGAAAUUUACAAUUUAUUUCUCCCUUGUCCCAAAGAGGCUUCAUACAAAAUUUGAAAAGAAUUGGACGGGUGGUUAUGAAGAAGUUAAAAAUCUUCAAUUGUUAAUUCACGACGGACAACGGACGACAACUAAUUGCAAUAGUUCACCUGGGUUUACUCAGGUGACCUAAUAAACUUAUUGUGUCAGUGUUUUCCUAAUUAACAAUCCUUGGAUUAUUCAAUUACCAGCCACGUGAAGAUCUCUCAGUGAGAAAAGUGAUUGAUGUACGCAUAUAAAUAUUGAUGAAAUGGAGGUUUUCAUUCACCAUUCAACCACGGUUAUGAGGUAGAGUAAACGGAUAUACAUGUAAUAGGUGUGGCUAGUGACGAUUUUGUGUCAAGUAAUACACGGUAUGUUUUAUACAACUUUUGAUACCUGUCGUUUGGUAAUGUGUUAUUUUAAAGUGUUUUUAAACUUAAAGUAAUCUAAAAUAAAGUAUU